AUGACAAAGAAGCGUAAGAAGACUGGGUGUCUGGGUUGCAGAAGUAGGAAAAAGAAGUGCGAUGAAAACCGUCCCGACUGUUACUUCUGUGUUGCGAAACAAACUGAAUGUGUCUGGCCCGACAUUUGGCAAGAAGUCAAGACGGCGCCUGCACACAAUGCGGUGACCUCAAAGAUCUCGAGGAGACGGCAACAUAAGAUCCAAGACAGGGGUCUUUCGACAACCGAUUCAGGUAUUGUCUGUGAGCGCGUUGCCCAUGUUCCCACAGAGAUGGUAGAUGAGAUUGUGCCGGAGUCUGUCACUCAGCAUAUCUCGUCAGUAACGGCAGCCGAUGAUCAUUGUAGUCUCGAUGACCUGUUGUUGAGCGAAUCGUCAUCAUUGAAGAGGAGAUCGCAUCCCACUACCCCUGGGGUUGCCUUUGAGUCCACCCCUGAUGGCGCAACCCUCGCUCACACUAUCAACGUAUCGCCAACGAUCCAGCAUAUCCCAUUCAUUCUGAAUUCGACCCUGAGAUCAGAUACCGACGAUUUUCAGCUACUGUUUCAGCACUUCGUCUUGCAGUCGAUGCCAUCUAUGGCGCCUGAUGACAUUGACUUGGACCUCUUUCUCAAGUACACGAUGCCUUUGGUCCUCGCUGACGAUCUGGUCAUGCGCGCAGCCCUCGCCCUGAGCAGCGCAAAGUACAUGAUGCGAGACCCGACGAGUAAAGCGCUACAUCUGUCUAGGCUAUGCCAUUUCCAGGUUAUGGAGGCUAUCAGAAUACGGAUCAUUAUUUGCAAAGCUGGGCUGGACGAGCGACCUGUGUUUCUAUGCGCAGCCACUACACUUAUGGCUGUGCUGGAGUUAACGCUUGGCAGCACACAAAGUCACCAUAUAGACUUUGCCACCCAUCUUAUACUCAACGUCCUUCCCUCGUCCGUUCAUCAGAUUGAUCGAACUCUGUACAGAUUCCUACUCAGGGCGUGCAUCUACAUACGAGCUGAGACAUGGGGAUGCGAGGGUCCCACAGGUCUGCCCUCGGACGUAGAGAAGCAGGUAGCGAUUAUGUUCCAACUCGCGGCCAAGCUUGAGGAUCUGGAUAAUGAGGGAGGAAUAAGAAGCCAGAUCGGCUUACUUCAAACAGCCUUCGUCACAGGCCUGUUAGUUGUGCCCCAGCUCGCACGCCUUUCGGCAUCAAAGAGAUGUAUUAAAGACGACGUUGAACGCGCUAUACAACUGGCAGCAAUCGAGUCGCAGAUCAUCUCGUGGCAGCCUCCUCCUGGUUCUGAAGCAAGUGAUAACGUCCGGAGAGUCUGGGGUCUAUGGCGGACAGGUCUUCUGGUACAUCUUUACACAUCCCCGGUGGCACAAGAAGUUUGCCAGACAUGGUGGAGAGAGAAGAGCAACGCGUGCAUGAGCGAUUUCAUUCAGAGACUCGAAGAUACAUCUCAGAAUUCUAGAGGUCUUUCAGUGCUCUCAUGGCCCCUGAUAAUGGCAGGGUCGUUUGCUCAGAUCGCUUCGCAUCAACGACUGAUUCGAGACACGUUAUCUUCCAUCUCUGAGCGAACAGUUUCAAGACUACCAGUGAAAUUAGCGGAACGACUCGAAACAGGACAGCCGAAUUCUCAAACCAGCUUAGUGGUAUCGUAG